AUGAAUGAAGAAGAAAAAGAGUUUGUUCCUCCAAAGGAUUAUACUAGAUUAACACCCACUCAAUUAGGUGCAUUUAUAUUAUCUCAUAGUAAAAAAAUAAUGAACAAUUUCAUUCACGUAAUAGAUGGAUUUUAUAAGCCGGAAAUAUACUAUACAGAUACCGAUAGUUUAUACAUUUCGUCUAGUAAUUGGGAUAAAUUAAAUGAAGCUGGGUUGGUGUCUGAAAACGAAUAUAGCAAAGGGAAGAAUGAUUACGGUGAUGGUGGAAUCAUAUUUGGUUUAUAUUUAGCGCCAAAAGUAAAAUACAAUAUCAUUCUAACUUCCGAUGGUGUUUUAAAAGAAAAGAAAACGUUUAAGGGUUACUCUAACUAUAAGAUUAAGGUAGAAGACUACAUUCAAUUAGCUAGUGGACAUGACGUAACGAAUGAAUUUAAGAAACCUUGGGUAAAAAGUUUUACUGAUGGAAUAGUUAUUCCUAAUGAAAAACAAAAGAAAGUUUUCAGAAGUUAUCUGAAUCUCGUUAAAAGAAAAGCACCAAACAGUGAAGGAAUUAUGUAUCCUUACAACAAUAAAGAUGAGAUGUGUUUGGAUGAAAACUAUGAAUUUGAUGAUUUCGAUUAUCUAACUAUUCAAGAAGAGAAUGAAGAGUGCUAA